ACCUAAAUCAUUCUCUCAAUUUGACCAAUUCCAUUUCCAUCAAUGGCGCCCAAGGCAGAGAAGAAGCCAGCGGAGAAGAAACCGGCGGAAGAGAAGAAGACCGCCGUGCCGGAAAAAUCUCCGGUAGAGAAGAAGGCGAAGGCCGGAAAGAAGUUACCGAAGGAUGUUGGAUCUGUUGCUUCCGGUGAUAAGAAGAAGAAGAGGAUUAAGAAGAGCACGGAGACUUACAAGAUCUAUAUCUUCAAGGUUUUGAAACAGGUUCAUCCUGAUGUUGGGAUCUCGAGCAAGGCGAUGGGAAUUAUGAAUAGUUUUAUUAAUGAUAUUUUUGAGAAACUUGCUCAGGAAAGUUCUAAACUUGCUCGGUAUAAUAAGAAACCUACGAUUACUUCUCGGGAGAUUCAGACUGCUGUAAGGCUUGUUCUUCCUGGUGAAUUGGCUAAACAUGCUGUUUCUGAAGGUACUAAGGCGGUUACCAAGUUUACUAGCUCUUGAAUUGAGUUAUUGAUGUUAUGUUUUACAUUCUUAUCGUUUGAUUUUAGGGUUAGGGUUUGUCUCUUUUUUUGAGUGAUUAGGGAUUUGUUUCCUUUUGAAUGUAGAUACUUUGCAUCUUAUGAAUGAUUAUGAGGUAUUACAUUUA